AUGAAGAUUAAAAAGAUUAUAAAUCUGUCCCAAUGCUGUCACCUGGCAGUGUGUCUGGUUCAAGUUAUUGUCACUCACUCUCUCCUUCUGUCUAGUGAUUUCCGAGGAAUCAGAUUUGUACAAAGAUGGCUGAGGGUUCAGCUGCAGUUCCCAGCAGUGAGUUGUUGGAAUGGCCGAAGAAAGAUAAGCGUCGGUUCCUUCACGCCGUGUACCGUGUUGGAGAUCUCGAUCGUACCAUCAAGUUCUACACUGAGUGUUUUGGGAUGAAAUUGUUGAGGAAAAGAGAUGUUCCUGAAGAGAAAUACUCCAAUGCCUUCCUUGGGUUUGGCCCAGAGGAGUCUCAUUUCGUUGUCGAGUUAACAUACAAUUAUGGAGUAACUUCAUAUGAUAUUGGUACUGGUUUUGGGCAUUUUGCAAUUGCAACUCCUGAUGUGUACAAAAUGGUUGAGGACAUCCGUGCUAAGGGUGGCGACAUUACUAGAGAGCCUGGUCCGGUCAAAGGUGGAACCUCUGUCAUUGCUUUUGUGAAGGAUCCUGACGGUUAUAUUUUUGAGCUCAUCCAAAGAGCUUCUACUCCUGAGCCACUCUGUCAAAUAAUGCUUCGCGUUGGGGAUUUAGACCGCUCUGUCAAAUUCUAUGAAAAGGCCUUGGGAAUGAAGCUUGUAAAGAAGGUUGACAGGCCUGAAUACAAGUACUCCAUUGCCAUGAUGGGGUAUGCAGAGGAACACGAAACUACUGUUCUUGAGUUGACUUACAAUUAUGGAGUGACUGAAUAUACCAAGGGAAAUGCAUAUGCACAGAUUGCUAUUAGUACUGAUGACGUGUACAAAAGUGGUGAGGUUGUGGAACAUGUUAUUCAAGAGCUUGGUGGAAAGGUUACUCGAAAACCAGGGCCACUCCCCGGAAUCAACACUAAAAUUACCUCUUUCCUAGACCCCGAUGGCUGGAAAACUGUCCUGGUUGACAAUGAAGACUUCCUUAAGGAACUCAAGUAGGCAGUAAGCAGAGUAAUGCUACUAUAUGAAUAAAUCACUAUCUAGUUGUA